AUGGAGGUUGAUCCCGUGACUGUUGAAGAUGUUUCUGCCAAUCUUGAGCCGGUUUUGAGCUUCAAAGAAGGAGGGGUCCGUGAACUCAUCCAGCGACUCCAAUGCUCCUCCAAACGUGGACAUGGAGUCUUACCCGAGAAUACCCUAGUUUUGGAGAGAUCAUGCGAGCAUCCCGCUGUUGUCAAUGGAGUUUGUAAUGAUUGCUGUCAAAAGAUUGAAGAAGAUGGCAAUUACGGCCUGGAUUUCAGCUACUUACACAUGGGGUUGAGGCUUAGCCGUAGCGAAAUCGAUCGCUUGCGUUGCCUGGAGACUGAGAGAUUGUUUUCUCAGAGAAAGCUUCACCUUGUUUUGGAUAUUGAUAACACCUUGAUUCAUUCCUUUCGAUCGGAUGCCUUUUCAAAACUUGGUGUCCCCAAAGAUGAUAUGCAGGAAGUUGAUGGGAUCUUCGUGAAGUUGAGACCCCUUGUUUCUGCCUUUUUAGAGAGGGCCAGCACCAUGUUUGAGAUGCACCUCUACACCCUGGGCUCUCGCUCAUAUGCGAAGAAGAUGGCUAAAAUCCUUGAUCCCCAAGACAAGUAUUUCGAUCACAGAAUAAUCUCUCGCAACGAGAGCCCUGGUUUGGUAAAAACGCUUGAUUUAGUGUUGGGGAUGGAGUCUUCUAUUCUCAUCCUUGAUGAUAAUGACCAAGUAUGGCCAAAUCAUGAGCCGAACUUGAUCUUGAUGAAAGAGUUCUUGUUUACAGGGAAGAAAACAGACGAAAACGAGAUGAACACUCCAUUGAAUGACAUUCUUAAAGCUCUGUCUGCAAUUCAUACAGCCUUCUUCGAUGACAAUAUUCAAGCCAUGUUUCGUGACAGAGAUGUUAGGGAGUUGGCAGCAUCAGUUCGUUCUACCGUGCUUAAAGGAUGUAAUUUAUACGUGAGCAAUGUCAAGUAUGCUGGAAUAUUGCGGUUGAGAGCCAAGGAAUUGGGAGCCACAUGCAGCAAAGAACUCAAUCAUUCGGUGACUCAUUUGGUGUCUUGCCAUAAAGGAACCGAGGAUUUCAAUAGGGCCGCAAGCGAGAAGAAAUACUUGGUACUUCCACGAUGGAUAAAGGAUGCUUACUUCUUUUGGAAGAGGCCAGCAGAAGAGAAUUUUCCCAUUAAAAAGAGCAGCAAGGCUAUUUUGAAGGCAAUUAUAGCUUGUACUGUUUUUCUUUCUUAA